AUGAUAACAUUGAAUUUCAAAAAUGUUAAACAAUCUCAUGUUACACAUGAUUAUGUCUCUCCUGGUGGAUCAUCGUAUUGGAUUCCUGUUGUUUCAGACAACAUCAAACCUAAAAUCAAUUCAAUUUUUGAUUCAUAUACAGCAACAUUAUCAAUGUAUUACAAUUAUUCAUCAUUAGCAGGUUUUGAUGUCAGGCUUGGACCAUUUAGAACAACCGAAUCUUGCAUUACCACACAACGACAUUUGCUAUGCAAUCGGGAAAGUAAACCAACAACCGCUAAAGUGGAUACUUUGGACCCUCAGCAUAAUAAGAUUCAAAGAAGGAAAGACUCAUUUAGGUGCGCAUGCAAAGCAAAAAUUGUUGUUAUUCUACUACAUGGUACUAAUAAAUAUAAUGUUGCUGAAUUUGUUGAACAACAUAAUCAUAUGUUGUUUGGUAAGGACAAUACGUUUUUGUCUCGUACAAAGAGGAAACUUGAUUAUUCACAGGAGAUGUUUAUUCAUAACUUGUCAAAGCAAAAUAUUGGUCCAUAG